ACGUUUAGGAUUAUAAAUUUUUUCGUUGGAUCAUCAGUUGAUUUUAAAAAGAGACAAUAGCAAAGUUCGAUCCACCAAAACUCCCCAUUUAAUAUCCAAGUUCUUCUUUGCUUUGAAUCGGGUAGGCCCGUAAGGUCCACUUCAAAACCCUUCAUUUUCCUACCCCAAGGUUUUGCAGAUUUUUAGAGAAUUCGAAAAAUACCAGGUUUGCCGUUUACAUAUAAGAGAGUGGAGCGGACUUGGUUUUUGGGUCCCCGAGUCCUUAAAUCUCCCUCUCUCGCGUUAUCUCCAUAGGCGAAACCAUGUAUCUCUACAUACCCCUAUAGACACAAAUGUAUCACUACAGUUGUUGUAUUGCGUUGAUAUACAGAACAUAUCCCAAUAUUCAUUUCGAUAUAAAAAUUACAGCUUUCAGCUUCCGAUCCAGGUGUAGAGCUCAAAUGGGUAGCUUUGAGUGGGGGUCUCUUUUUAUCUAUGUAUAAAAUUCUUGGCAAGCAACGCCUCAUAUAUCGCUCUCGCAUCGCAUACUAUGUGAAAGCGGGCCUCAUCGAUAGGGCAAUCCAAGUGUUCGAUGAAAUGUCCAAUUCAGAUUGCAGGGUCUUUUCCAUCGAUUACAACAGGUUCCUUGGAGCGUUGAUAAAGAACUUGCGUUUUGAGGUAGCUGAACACUAUUAUAAUUUGAUGGUUUCGAAAGGGUUCUCUUUGAGUUCCUUUACUUACUCCAGAUUCAGCUCCGGGUUGUGUAAAGUUAAGAACUUUGAGCUCAUUUGUAGACUUUUUGAAGAUAUGGAUAGGCUCAACAUUGUGCCUGAUAUAUGGGCUUAUAAUAUUUAUUUGAAUCUUUUGUGCAGCGAGAAUUUAGUGGACAAUGCCUUGGAAUUAUUGAGAGUAAUGAGAGAGAAGGGGCGUGAGCCAGACAUAGUGAGUUAUACUAUUGCAAUUAGUGGGUUGUGUAGGGUUAAAAGGCUUGACGAGGCUGUUGAAAUGUGGAAAAUGAUGAUUAAGAAGGGUUUUGAACCAGAUAAUGGCGCUUGCAGGGCACUUGUUUUAGGGUUAUGUGACAAUGGGAAGGUUGAUUUGGCAUAUGAGCUCACUGUGGGGGAUAUGAAGGGGAAGGUUAAGUUUAAUGUGAUAAUUUAUAAUGUACUUAUAGAUGGGUUUUGUCAAGCAGGUAGGAUUGACAAGGCACAAGCAAUCAAGUCAUUUAUGAGUAGGAAUGGAUGUGUGCCUGAUUUAGUUACUUAUAAUGUGUUAUUGAAUUAUUUUUGUAAUGAGCUAAUGUUGGACGAGGCAGAGAAGUUAGUAGAAAAGAUGGAGAGAAGCAGGAUGAAGCCUGAUGGUUAUAGCUACAAUCAGCUUCUAAGGGGUCUAUGCAAAGGCAAUAGAGUAGAUACGGCUUACGACUUGAUGGCCAAAAAGAUGGAAGCUAAAGGGUUGGUAGAUGUUGUAUCCUACAAUACAAUUAUUAGAGCAUUUUGCAAGCUGGGCCGUACUAGAAGGGCUUUUAAGCUAUUGGAGGAGAUGGGGAAGAAGGGAAUUGUUCCUGAUGUGAAAACAUUUACGCCCCUCAUAAAAGGCUUUCUUAGAGAAGGCAACUCAAAGAUAGCCAACAAUCUUCUUGAACAGAUGACAAAAUUGGGUAUAUCUCCAGAUAGCGUAUUGUAUACUGUCAUUAUUGAUCACCGUUGCAAAAUUGGUAGUGUAGAAAUGGCUCGCAGUAUUUUUCAUGAUAUGGUAGUGCAGGGGAUUGCCCCUGAUGUAGUGUGCUACAAUGCACUCAUCAGUGGGUUUUGCAAGGCUUUCAGAGUUAGUGAAGCCAUGCAUCUAUUCGAGGAAAUGCAAAGUAGAGGUUUGUAUCCUGAUGAGUUGACUUUCAAGUUAAUCAUUGGAGGUCUCAUAAAGGAAAAGAAUUUUUCUUUGGCUUAUGACAUCUGGGAUCAGAUGAUGGAGAAGGGAUUUACCCUUGACAGAGAUAUAUCUGAGACUCUAAUCAAUGUCAUCCAUUCAAAAGAUGCAUCCACCGAUAACUUUAUCAAUGAUUGAAAUGCUGCAAAGUCCUCUCAAGAUAUAUUCUCAGUUGAUGGUGCACCUC